UAUAAUUCUCUCCUAUUCAUCUUACUACUACGAGCUUAAACUUGAGCCAACUGUGGCCAUGGAGAGUGACCAUAUCAAAAUGCCCGUUUAACCUCCGUAGAAAGAUAAGAUGCCUGGACCAGUGUCAUGCCCUGGCCGUCUAAUAGUCAUUGGGAUCCUCUCACUGCUCGUUGUCCACCUCAGCUCAGCGGCAUGGAGCAAUGAAGUUUCAGACGUUCAGUAUGGGCGCCUGGGUUCCACUGUUACACUGGCAUGCAGAGGCUCCAGGAAGGGGUUCCCUGUGGAGUGGCGUGUGAAUGGCAGCUCAGUGGUAGUAGUGGAGGAGGGGGCCCAGGAGGGGGACCAGGAGGGGGCCCAGGAGGGGGCCCAGGACGGGGACCAGGCCGAGGCCCAGGACGACUCCUCUCUCUCGCUGCCCGACGUUAACAGCAGCAUGGAGGGGAACUACAGCUGCCACGACCAGCAGAGCGGCGCUCUCAUCCACGCGCUGCAGCUGAGACUAGGCAACCCCCCUAGUCGGGUCAACAUCACCUGUUGGCUGCCCAAUCACUUCCGAGUGUACUGCUCCUGGACGCGGCUAGCAGACUCUCUUCUGCCCACCCACUACAUCUCCUCCUACAUCUCAGCAUACCAAAGUGUGUCGGAGGUGGAGGAGUGUAUACAGGAGGUGGUCGGCAGCCAGAAAUGCGUCGUCUUCCACCCUCGCAUCUGGGGCCCCAGACAUACGGUCAACAUCACGGAGGUCAACCCCCUGGGGAUGCAGCAGACCAUACUGAGGGUGGACCUCCAGCAGCUGUUGAAACCAGACCCUCCAGAGGAGGUGGUGUGCAUGUCGGUGGAGGGCCACCCCACCAAGCUGCUGGUGCAGUGGCGGAGCCCGGCGUCGUGGAACCCUGAGGACGGCCUACAGGUGGCCUUCCCCCUGGAGUAUCAGCUGCGAUACAGGCCCGUGGGCUCGCGCUUCUGGUCAACGCUCUACAUUGAGAACAGGACCAGCCUGAUGAUCACGGACGCGCUGGCGGGCCACCUCCACCAUGUGCAGGUGCAGGCCCGGGAGGCCAUCGACCCACAGACACAGUGGAGCGACUGGAGCCCCCUCAUACAGGAACAGCCCUGGACAGAGCCUGAGUCCACUGCGGAGCCCACCACGAUCCCGUUCAUCCCGGAGGACAUUACAGUUCCCAUGCGGCCCAGCAAAGAAGCCACUCCAGGUCCCCCUCUGCUGGGUGGGGUGGUGAUGCUGAUGAGUCUGUUCGCGGGGAUCAUCGUGGUCGUAGGGGUCACCGUCGGACUCCUGCUCUGGGUAAGACACCGGAGGCGGGAAGGCUGGAGCAAACAGCAGCUCAGCUCCAUGGUGAAGAUGAAGACCUUGCUGAUCUGAAAUGUUCGAGGUCGGCCAUGUUCUCAGCCCUCAUAGGGCAGCAAAGGGAAUCCUCAGCGCUGUCCACCGCAGUGCCAACAGACUCCAGUAUCCUCUCCACACAUCCUUUGCAGUGAUAACACCCUCCGCAUUUCUACCGGACUCUAGUACCCAACACAUCCUUUGCAUUGCUACCGGACAUCAGUAGGCCACAGUCGAUGAUCUGCAACACCAGCCGUGCCCCAUAAUCAAUGGAUGUGCUCGCACUGCAGUAUCCCACACACUCUUUGCAUUGAUAACGGCCUCCGCAUUUCUACUGGACUUCAGCAGGCCACAGUCAAUGAUUUGCAAGGCCAGCCGUGCCCAGUAAUCAAUGGAUGUGCUAACACUGCAGUGAUAACGUGACUCUGCAUUGCUACAGGACUCCAGCAUCCUCUCCACACAUCCUUUGCAGUGAUAACGUCCUCCGCAUUGCUACCAGACUCCAGUAGGCCACAGUCAGUGGCCUGUAGCCAAGGGAUGUGCUAGCACUGCAGACUUCAGUAUCACACUCCAACACUCCACUACAAUUCUCCAGUUUCCCAUAGUGCUUUGCGGCUGACGAAUUCUGCAAAAGAAAAUCUCAAUAUCCCACCAUUUUACUGCAAGGUCAGCCAAAUCAAGUCCACCUUGUACAGUGACAGUCCACUGUCGUUCUAACUGACUCCAGCAUCCCGUAAUGAACUGCAAUGUCAACACCUUACUCUCCCAUAACCCCAUUGCAGUGCUGCCAGACUCCAGUGUCCCACAAUGCAUUUCUCAAAGGUUCCAGUAACCCACAAUCCAUCCCUUCCCUGUUGGCUCCAUAUACAUGUAUGGUUAGCCCUCAUUGUGCUCAAUGAAUUUUGGUGAGCCGGACACAUUGACGAGGGGAAAUGUGAAUGCAAUACACAAUCAAUGUAGAACACUCAAUCCUACACCCACACAUUUCAACAUACGCAGCCACAUACACAUAUGCAAUAUCCUACUCUUGACAACCAAGGAUCAAUCUUUUCACAUUGACAAUCAUGACACUAUGCCGCCCAGUUAAAAUCCCUGAGGAUUUAUGGAACUACAUACAGUAUACAUUGAUAUACACGAGUGCAGUAUACGUAAAACUGCAUGGACAUGCGUGUGCAACAUUGCCUUUCCCACACUGGGCCUUUGUUGUUCUACACAAUCUCUCUCUCUCUCUCUCUCUCUCUCUCUCUCUCUCUCUCUCUCUCUCUCUCUCUCUCUCUCUCUCUCUCUCUCUCUCUCUCUCUCUCUCUCUCUUCCACUCCACUCCUGUCUCUCUCUUAUUCUGCCUGUCUUUCUCUCUGUCUCUGUCUCUAUCUCUGUCUCCGUCAUCCAGUUCUCUGCUUCUCACCGUCUUUCUCUGUCCCUAUGUCUCUCUAUGUCUCUGUCUCUCCUCUCUAUGUCUCUG